CAUGGAUGGGUCAGUCCUGGUGUCUGGGGCGUAUGAUAGAACAGUGGCUGUGUGGAACAUGGAGACCCUCUGCAAGACCCUGGAGUUGAAGGGACAUGCAGAUUGGGUGACAGAUGUGGCAAUCAGUGCUGACAAAAAAUGGGUGGCCUCAGCUUCCAAGGACACCACUGUCAGGUUGUGGAAUAUAGAGCACUCUGAGGAGAUACCUGCCGUUAUUGAGACCAGGAAGGCUCAGGGAAUGGGCUAUCAUAUCCUCCAGUGUGAGGAGUGUGGAAAGGCUUUCUCCAUUUCCCGACUGGAGAACUCCGACUUGGUCACAAAGUGUGUGUUCUGCCGAUUGAAGACAGAAACCAGAUCCCAUCUUCAACCUCCUCCUCUGUCGUCUAGUGUUCUGCCGAUUGAAGACAGAAACCAGAUCCCAUCUUCAACCUCCUCCUCUGUUGUCUAGCGUUCUGCCGAUUGAAGACAGAAACCAGAUCCCAUCUUCAACCUCCUCCUCUGUUGUCUAGUGUUCUGCCGAUUGAAGACAGAAACCAGAUCCCAUCUUCAACCUCCUCCUCUGUUGUCUAGUGUUCUGCCGAUUGAAGACAGAAACCAGAUCCCAUCUUCAACCUCCUCCUCUGUUGUCUAGUGUUCUGCCGAUUGAAGACAGAAACCAGAUCCCAUCUUCAACCUCCUGCUCUGUUGUCUAGGAAUUGAAUGUAUUAUUUUAUAAUGCUUGUAUGUUACUGUAUAUAACUAAGUCCUGUGUUUAUGGAGUAUUAUAUCCUGUUAAAACUGUAUUUGUUGAUUGAUUUUGUCAGACAAUAACUAAAGUAUCACUGCAUCGCAGUGCUAGCUAUGCCACUAGACAUUCUGGGUUCGAGUCCAGGCUGUAGCAGCCGGCCGGGAGACCCAUGGGGCGGCACA